CCCUUCUCCAAUUCAGAUAUGCCCUUCAAAGGGAGCAGGAUUUUAGUCUUCCAGAAGCCAUACAAAACCACGUGCGAAUUCACGUGUCAUAGCCUUUGAAUAGACCUGAUCUCCAUAUCAACGGUCACGAUUUCACUUGCUGGUCUUCCUUUGACCACGGCGAUAGCCUCCAUAAAUACCAUAAAAGCCUAACCUCCCCUUCUUCCCUUCUUACCUAAACUCUUACACAGAGUAAUAUGUACAAUUAGCUUUUUCUUCCUCUCUUCGUUCUGGUUCCGUAUCAGCGAGUCAUCUUUCUUCUCUUGCGGGCCAUGAGCAAAACAAUGUCGAAUCCUAACGACUGGGCGGCUCAGUUUUACCAACUACAAAACUUUUCCACCACUCAACCCGGUCGCCUCGCAUCAGGGAUGAUGUUCGGCGACCGAGUCUCUGAUGCCACCGCCGUUACCACCACCGUCACUUCAUCCAGUUUACCCAGCCCACAAGGCUCCGGUCCUUCGAACUCUUCCACCACCUCUAGCAGCCCCCAUCUGAGACCUGAAGGCCGCGUGUCCCGCCCUAUGCGCAGACGCACGAGAGCCUCACGCCGAACUCCCACCACCCUCCUCAACACCGACACCACCAACUUCCGAGCCAUGGUGCAGCAGUUCACUGGCGGACCUAGCGCGCCUUUCGCUUCAGGCGGACCAGGCUUCAGCUUCGGGAUGGCACCACGUACGACCCUUCAAACUCAUAUCGGAAAUCCGAGUGCAGCUUCAAUAACGGCACCUCCUCCUGGUGGUAGUGCAGGCUAUCAUUUACAACUACAGUACCCAUAUCAACUACAACAACAACAACAACAACAUCACCAUAGCCAGGCAUACAUGUUCUCGGUUGGCAGUAAUAGUAAUACUAAUAAUAAUAAUAAUAACCUUGGAGGUGGUAGUGAGGAUUUAUUUCUGCAAAGACUGGGAGGCGGGGGAACUAUCCCAAACCCUAAUCAGAACCAGAGGGCGGGGAUGGAGAUGGUGGUGUCUGAUGGGUUGGUGAUGGAGGUAGUUUCCACUCAGGUUCCUACUUCUAGAAAUGCUUCGGCGGCCAAUGAGAACACUUUCUUGUUUUGAAAGAGACAUAAAGCAGGAAGUUAGGUACUGACUGACUUGUCAUCAUAGGCGGUGAAACCAUUGACUCCUGUAAAUAUUGCAUUCUCAUUAGCAAAUCUUUUUUUUUUUAUACUUUAUUAAUUUCUUUUAAUCAUAAUUAGAACUAGUUAAUUAGGAAAUGUGGGCUGUGGGCAAUUUUUGGGUGUUUGUUUAAUUAAAUAUUCUUUUUUUUUUUUUUUUUUUUUGUAAUUUUGCUUUUG